AUGCUUUCUGCACUCCGCACUGCGGGUGCAUUUACGACUAGAAGAUUUGCCGGAACCCAAGCAAUUGCCGGUAGCAGUGAAGCACCAAAGGGAAUUGCCACAACUGGAACACCAUUUUUGAAUCCAUCAUCAAAAGCUGAAUAUGCUUUAGCACGUUUGGAUGAUGUUAUGAAUUUGGCACAACGAGGAUCAAUUUGGCCACUUACUUUCGGUUUGGCUUGUUGUGCCGUUGAAAUGAUGCACUUUGCUGCUCCAAGAUAUGAUAUGGAUCGAUAUGGAGUCGUUUUCCGUGCAUCUCCAAGACAGGUAAGACUUUGAACAAAUGAACUUUCCAGCAAAACAUUAUUCCAGGCUGAUUUGAUUUUUGUUGCCGGAACCGUUACAAAUAAAAUGGCUCCAGCUCUUCGAAGAAUUUACGACCAAAUGCCAGAAGCAAAAUGGGUUAUUUCAAUGGGAUCAUGUGCAAAUGGUGGUGGUUAUUAUCACUAUGCUUAUUCAGUUCUUCGUGGAGCUGAUCGUGUUAUUCCAGUUGAUAUUUAUGUGCCUGGAUGUCCACCAACAGCUGAGGUUAGUUUAUUUUUGUUUCAAUUUCAUUAUUGUUUUUCUCAUAUAUUUUCUUUCUUCGAUUAUUUCAAACCUUUCAAUUGUAGGCGCUUCUUUAUGGUGUUCUUCAAUUGCAAAAGAAAAUCAAGCGUAAGCGCGAAGCUCAACUCUGGUACAGACGUUAA